AUGAUAAUCGCCGAGUUUAUGGGAACUGUGACGGCUCGAUGGUUCCAGAGAAAUCGGAGAAACGGUUGGGUUGACAUUCGCGGGUUUGUGUUGUUGUUUUUGGGAUUGUUUAUGUUGUCUUUUGGAUGGGAUAGGGCUGAGUGUUUUCCUUUUAGUAGAAUUGGGGUUGAUAAUUGUGUUAGGGUUUGGCAAUUGUUGCUUCCGUUUAUGUCUGGGUUUAUUGCUUGUUAUGAACAAAGUGUUUCUGUUGAUAGUUAUGGGAGUUUUAAGCAAUUGGAUCGGAAACAGGUUCGGUUGGUGACAUUGUUUUUCACUACAAUUCUGCUUUUUGUUCCUGCUGUGAUUAGUUAUUUUGUGUAUGAAGCUGGUGAAGAUAGUGUUUCUUUUGGGAAUUUGGCUUGGCCUUUGGCGAAUACUGUUGUUUUCGGCGUGCUUUUGACUGAGAAUUGUUAUAGUGGUGACGAUUUGAUGAGUUUCAAAGACUCGAAAAGAGAGUUUUUGGUGAUGUUUAUGUGUACAUUGAUUUUGGAGCUUUUUUAUUAUCCUGAUAUUUCUCUUUGGGGUUUGUUGAUUUGUGGUUUGUUGCUCUAUGUGGCUGUUAGAGAUUUGGAUUCUUUUAAUUCCGAUGAUCUUGUGUUCGGAGACGAGUCUUCGCAAUUUUUAACUGAAAUGGUUAUGAAGCCUAUUAGACAUAUAUUGAGCGAGAGGAAAUCGAGGAAAAUUGCGCUUUUUCUUUUGAUCAAUGCCGGGUAUAUGGUUGUGGAGUUUGUUGCCGGGUUUAUGAGCAAUAGUCUUGGGCUGAUAUCAGAUGCGUGUCACAUGUUGUUUGACUGUGCUGCUUUGGCAAUUGGGUUGUAUGCUUCGUAUAUAUCUCGUUUGCCUGCGAAUAACCACUAUAACUAUGGCCGAGGAAGAUUUGAGGUUCUAUCGGGAUAUACUAAUGCUGUUUUUCUAGUUCUUGUUGGAGCAUUGAUAGUUGUGGAGUCCUUUGAGAGGAUUUUGGAUCCUCAAGAGAUUUCAACUAGUAGUUUGUUGGUUGUUUCUGUAGGAGGACUUAUAGUUAAUGUUAUUGGGUUGAUCUUCUUUCACGAGGAGCAUCAUCAUGCUCAUGGAAUGUCUGGAUCAUGUUCACAUUCGCAUCCACAUUCACACUCGGAGUUACAUAACCACGACCAUCAUUAUCAUCAUGAAAGCAACCGAGAAAUCAUUUCGGUUUCCAGUGAUUGCCAAGAUAAGUCAUGCUCUGGUGAUAUUGGACAUCACAAUCACUCUAGUCAUGAGAGGAAAGUUGUGUUUCUUGCAGAUAAUCACAACAUUCAGAGCAUUGAGCAUCACAUCGAUGAUCCCCGGCCGUCUGACCACCAUGAUCAUAAUCACCAUGCUGAUCAUCAUGAUCAUAAUCACCAUGAACAUGCCCAGAAGCAUGAUCACCACGAUCAUAAUCACCAUCAUGACCAUAAUCACCAUGCCAACCACCAUGACCAUAAUCACCAUGCCAACCACCAUGACCAUAAUCACCAUGCAAGCCACCACAGCCAUGAUCAUGAUCACCAUGACCAUCACCACCAUCAUGAAGCGGACCAUCAUAGUCAUGAUGGCGUUCACCAAAAGCAAAGUCAUUGCCACAUCGAUCACAAUAUGGAAGGGAUAUUCUUACAUGUUCUUGCAGACACAUUGGGGAGUGUCGGUGUUGUUAUAUCUACACUUUUAAUUAAGUACAAAGGUUGGCUGGCUGCUGAUCCACUCUGCUCAAUUUUCAUUUCGGUCUUAAUCGUAUCCUCUGUGAUACCUUUACUCAGAAACUCGGCUGAAGUUUUGCUCCAAAGAGUUCCUAGGGCACAUGAGCGUGAUCUGAAAGAUUCCUUGGCCAAUGUUUUAAAGAUAAAGGGUGUUUAUGGCAUUCAAAAGUUCCAUUCUUGGAGCUUCACGAACACAGAUGUAGUAGGAACACUGCAUCUACACGUGUCAACGGAUACCGACAAAAUAUCAGUGAAGUCUCAGGUUUCACAUCUAUUACACAAUGCUGGAAUAAAAGAUUUAACCUUGCAAGUAGAAUGUGUUACAUAG